AUUUAGUGGCCCUUUGUUCCCAAAAUUUUUGCCCGCCCUCUUCCCAUCCUGAUCUUGCCACUGCACAUAGGUGAAUAAAUUCUUAGUAAUAAGUUUUUGAAACUUUAAUGGGAAAUCCUUGUUCCUCAUAUAGUGGUGCUUCCCCUCUUCUCUUCUUUCUCAACCAACACAAAAUCCCUAAUUCAUUCCCCGUCUUCUUCACCGUUUCCUUUCUCAACCCACCCAAAAUCCCUAAUCCAUUCCCUGUCUUCUUCCCCAACCCAAAAUCUCUAAUUCAUUCUCCGUCUUCUUCCCUGUCUUCUUUUUCAACCAACCCAAAUUCCCUAAUUAUAAGCGUGAAAGGUCCUCUUAGUUAUAACAAAUGCCCUAAAUUCCUAAUUUUUAUCUGCACUUCUAAGCAUGAAAGGUCGUUUGCUCCUCCUCUAGCCAUAGAUCCCGAUCUUUCUUCGCUCCCUCUCCUUUUCCUUCUCCUCUCCCUGUGUUCUUGCCCUAAUCAUCGGAGGAAUGGGCAGAUACUUGAUUGCUGAUAUGUCAUUGGAGCCAAGAAGUUUAGAUAACGGAGUGUUCUUCAUUGCUCUGUUUUCUUGAUAGUUCUUAGCCCUGAUCAGGUGCCAUGGGGACUCGAAUUGGCACUUUACCAGCUUCUAGAGGAUAGAUCUCGUGUGCUCAAACUGAGAAACCUCACUCUGUUUCCUAUCGUUUCGUAGAGCUAGUCCACGGCACCAACCGGUGUUCAUAGGUGCUAGUGACGUGUUUUUGGUUGUGCGUGUUGGCAAUUGACUUUGUCCACGACUGCAGUCAAGUGCAUACUUGCUGUCUCUUCUAUUUUUUUGGAUUUUUUUUUUAUCUAAAUUUGUUUUAGUUGCCUUUGAAAUCGAUACAGUUCUUAUUGAGGUAUUUUGUAGGGGAGGGAAAAUGCAUAUGUUGUUCUUUUUGAUUUUUGGAAGAGUGAUUUCUUGUUUGGUGAAUUUAAUGGUCUGCUUGUUGUGGAGUGUUUCAUUGAUAAAGUGAAUUCGUGAGAAUUAAAAACUGGGAACCUGGAAUGGCUGCUACAAGAACUGUGUGUAAAAUUUUAUUUAGUCUUUAGUUGUUUUAGCAAUCAGCGGUAAAGAUGCAGUUUUCCUCCACUUGUUAGCAUUUUCCUAAUUCCAAAUCGUGUUCUCAUGCAUUUUAUGCAAGCACAUAGGAAUUUGUUUUGUUUGUUUUAUUUAUGGUUAUUCUUUAAAGGGCAUGAGAUUUAAUUGCUCUAUUGCAUUUGAUUCCUUUCCACCUCUUUGUUUGAUUGCUCUAUGCCAAUAAUUAUGUUUGAUUCCUGAUGUAUAUUAGAAUUGAUAUGUUCAUAAUUAUUUAUGUUAAUGCCUCCUAUUCAAGAAAUAUAAUUGUUUGACCCAUAGAAUUAUGGUUAUUUGAAAGUACUGGGGAAUGUCCCAGUUUUUGAUGUACAGACAUUGCAUUUUUGAGAUUUGGUUAAUAAAAAAUGCCCUUUUCU